AUGCUCGGGAAUAAAGGAUCCCUUUCGCAACAGAUCAACCUUGCCACCGGCAUACCUACAGAGAUAUUCUGGAAGAAAAGGUCUUUCCUCUCGUACGGCGUUGACAACCCAAUGUCCUGGGCACGAAAGCGGCAAACUAAGCGCGAAGAAGACGCAGCGUAUUGUCUCUUUGGCAUCUUUGAUAUCCAGUAG